AUGGCACCGAAGAGGGAGCUGGUCUUGGCCAGCGCCCGGGGCUCGGAGGCGAAGCGCCUGUGCGUGGGGGUCCCUGGAGCUGCCUGCGCCGGCGGCAGCGAGAGCGAGCGGUCGGUGCCGGCGUCGCCGGGAAAGCGGCUGCUGCGGCAGACAGUGUUCGUCGUGCUCUUUCUUGUGCGAAUGAGCGAAAAGAUCACGGUGACGGAAAGUAUGUCGCACAUUGGACGCAUGGUGAGCACAGAUCAAAUAUAA